GCAACUUCUCCUUCACUUGUGUGUGUGUCUGUCUGCCUCCGGUGUGUAUGUCGCACAUGCUCACUGGAAGCAUCCAAAGCUGGCCGGGCAUGUGCAGAAGCAUUGUAGCGGCGGCUGCUCCCGGGAUCUGCCCUCGCACACGCCUCAACCUCCCCCCUCCGCCCCAUCCAGGUGAAACCGGCGCCUGUUUGACGCGAUCUGGCGGAGAAGUCCUGUUUCCGGGUGCCAGUCCUGCACCAGGCGCUCUCGGGAGAGAGGCAUCAUGAACAACGCCGAGGAGGAGAAACAGCUGGAGCUGGUCAGCAGCCUGAAAGAGCAAGCUAUUGGUGAAUAUGAAGAUCUAAGAACAGAAAAUAAGAAAACGAAAGAAGAGUGUGACAAAAUCAAACAGGAACGAGAUGAAGCAGUCAAAAAGCUGGAAGAGUUUCAAAAAAUUUCUCACAUGGUUAUUGAGGAAGUCAGUUGCAUACAGAGCCACCUUGAAAUUGAGAAGACAUGUCGUGAAAGUGCAGAAGCUCUAGCUACUAAGCUGAAUAAAGAAAACAAGACCCUGAAAAGAAUCAGCAUGUUGUAUAUGGCAAAACUGGGCCCAGAUAUAAUUACUGAAGAAAUUAAUAUUGAUGGUGAAGAUCCAGCCAUAGACACAGAAGAUAUUCCUGGUGCAUGUGACUCAGUGCAGUGCCAGGAGAUACUAAAAGAUCUGCGAGGUCAAAUUAUCUCUCUUCAGGAGGAAAAGAAGACCACAACCAUUGAGCUGGAAAACCUGAGGAGCAAAUUUGCAGAACAAAUUGUAGAUGUGAAUAAAGUGAAGGAAGAAAAUGCAGUUCUGACAGCAAAAAUUAAUGAAAAACAGAAAAUGUUAGAAAAAUGUAAUCGAGUGUCUGUACUGGCAGUAGAAGAAUAUGAAGAACUCCAAGUAAACUUUGAUUUGGAGAAAAAUCUGCGGAAGAGAGCAGAAUCAUUUGCGCAAGAGAUGUUUAUUGAACAAAAUAAGCUGAAAAGACAAAGUCAGCUCCUACUUCAGAAUGCUAGCCCCGAUGAACAGCUUUUGAAAGCUCUGGAUGAAAAUGUGAAGCUGAACCAAAUGCUGGAGGAAGAGAGAUUGCAACAUCAACAAAAGGUUGAGGACUUGGAGGAACAGCUAGCUAAUGAAGUCUUGCAUAAAGAGAUUAAAUCCCUUAAACAACACCUGGAAUUGCUAGAAGAAGAUAAAAAAGAAUUAGAAGAAAAGUGUCAAAGUGCUGAAGAAAAAGUUAAAAACCUAAAGCAUUCAGUUGAUGAACUUCAGAAACGAAUACACCAGUCAGAAAAUCCGGUACCACCCGCACCUCCGCCACCACCACCUCCACUUCCUCCUCCUGCAAAUCCUAUCAAGUCCCUUAUGUCAAUGAUUCGUAAGAAGUCUCAUCCAAACAGCAGCAUCACCAAGAAAGAAAAGGCACUUCAAGAAUCAGGGGAAGUAACAGAUUUGAAGAGACAAGCUGUUGAAGAAAUGAUGGAUAGAAUUAAAAAGGGUGUUCACCUUAGACCUGUUAACCAGACCACUCGUUCUAAGGCAAAGCCAGAAAUACCCAAACCCUCUGAGAGUGCAAUGAAAGAACUAAAAGGAAUUCUGGAAACUCUGAAUACCUCUGCAAGUUCAAGAAGUCUAAAAUCCCUUGAUACAGACAGCAAUGAAACAGAAUUAGAACGAAUUUUGAGACUCAGAAAAGUGACAACUGAUCAAGAUAGUAGCAGUCCAACUGGAAUCUUGGCUACUUCUGAAUCCAAAUCCAUGCCAGUGUUGGGUUCUGUUGGAACACAGUCUGAAUUGAACAAGAAAACUCUAGUAGAAGAAUCCAUCCCCAAAUCUUCAGAGUCUGGUGAAAGGCAUCAUAAAAUGGUUGAAAGCACAAGUUCCAAAGUUACCUUUCAGUCUACAAGAAGUGUGGGGCUUAAAAAUAAAGCUGCUGGUACAGAAGAGCAAGCAGAGUCCAUGGUGGUAUUAGAUCCUGGGGAAACCAAAGAGCUGAUGCCUGAACAUCUCGGUCAAGGCAAGAAGAUGGAAGAAAAAGGUCAACCGUUUCAUAAAGACAUUAGUGUUGAGAAAACAAAAGAGACUGACAGUUCUCACUGCUAAUUGAUGUGCUAAAAGGCAUUGACUUCUGGAAGUUCCUUUCAGAGAGUCUCAGUUGUUUUGUUUUUUUUAUUCGGAAGGGCUAUAUUCUGUACUCUCUAAUGUACUCUAUGAUAGUUUACUAAAAUAGCCUUUUGUAUGCAUUUUCAGUAGGUGCAUUAGUAGACUGUGUAAUUAUACACAAUCCAAAGUCUCUCACUUUGGGCCUCUUGUUCCUGUUAUAGACAGGGUUGUGCUUUUCUAAACCAUUAUGUUUACUAAAUUAUGCAAAAUAUCAAAAUUUAUUUUGGUAACAUGAUUUUAUAUGAAUACCUUGUUUAAGGCUUGACCCAAAGUCUGCUGAAACUGAUUGAAAGGAUAGCUGGAGCCUUAAUUAAGUAAUCACAGACAUGCACUUGUGUUUGCUUAUAGAUUGAUAAAAUGCAAUCACAAAUUGCUUUUAGCAGACAUAGGACAUCAUUUACUAGAAACUUCUCCACAAGGCUCAUGAAAACUUGGGCUGUCACCGGAUUAAAGAAAUUGUAGGCUAUAUUUCUAAGCACACUGACAUACAGGUGGCUCUUGUUAUCUGCGGGAGACCGUUGUCGCCUACAACCGCGAAUAACAAAAUUGAGGAUAACAAGACCUUGAGUGAAUGGGAAUUGGGGUGGGGGGGUAGGUUCCUAGAGAUUAAAAAAAGGCUUUAAAAAGUGGGGAGAACAUAAGAACAGCAGGCCCAAGGCCCAUCUAGUCCAAUAUCCUGUUUUGCACAGUGGCCCACCAGAUGCCGCUGGAAGCCACAGGCAGGCAGAUGAGGGCAUGCCCUCCCUCCUGCCGUUACUCCCCCGCAACUGGUACUCAGAGGUAUCCUGCCUUUGAGACUGGAGGUGGCCUGUAGCCCUCCGACUAGUAGCCGAUGAUAGACCUCUCCUCCAUGAAGUUAUCCAAACCCCUCUUAAAGCCAUCCAGGAGGAGGCAGGAAUAAGAGCAAUCAUACCAUGCCACUCUCCAGAUGUCCAGCAAUGCUUCCCAAAAUGGCUCCAUGCAGCAAAAAUGGUGGCUGAAAAUUACAUCUGGAGGUCAAGGAUAAGUAUAUUUCACUAUUUUUAUAACCACAGAUGAGGGUGGGUAUACAUGGCCUGACCACGGAUAUGUGAAACUGUGGGUGCCAGGACCGGCACAGCUAACAAGGGCCACCUGUACUGCAGAAGUGUACAUCAGCCCAGUAACAUUGCAUGUACACACAUUGCACAACCUGUGCAAAUGACAUUGCACAAGAAGCCCAUUCUUUCCAAUGGGCUUGCUCUUGUGUAACAUCAUUUGCACAGUUUGCAUGCACACAACGUUACUAUUUUUAUCCCACUCUUCCUCUGAGGAUCCCAGAGUGGUAUAUGUGACUAUGUUUAUCCUCACAACAACCCUGUGAGGUAGGUUAGACUGAGAGAUAAGUGACUGGCCCAGAAUCAACCAGUAAGUUUCAUGGCUGAACAGGAAUUUGAACUUGGGUCUCCCUGAUUCUAGUCCAACACACUAACUACUACACCACACUGGCUGACCAGCCCUUGCACGGUGUGUCACCCACCAGAACUGACUUCUGGAGUAUACUGUUAGUAAAUUAAUUGUAUGACUUUGAUUGAUUCUUUGAUUGAUUAAAUCUGCACAAGGAAAAGCAAGGGUUUUGAAAGUAGGUGGUGGUGGGGAAUACAAUUCCUUGGUUUUUAGAUCAUAUAUGAAUAUGUUAUAGGAGAUGCCUUCUUAGAAGAGGCACUCAUUCUACAUGAGAGGGAGGUGAAAAUGCCUCUUCUAGGAAGCACGUGCCACUUUUUAUUUAAUUAAGUACUUGCAUUAAACCUUUUUUUAAUCUGCUCAGUUAAUUAGGCACUUUUUAAUUGAUCCAAAAGUCUUUAAUUAAUUUAACCAGUUAAUUAACUAACCAUAAUAAAAAUUACUGGGAGAUGAACAAGAACUGUGCUCUUCCUUUUAUGCAACUUCCAUUCAUUUCCAAGGAGCUUGAACAAGGAAAGCACUCACAUGGCUAUAACUCUUUUGGCACAAGACUGAGUAUAUGGUCUACUGCAUCCUUAUUUUUGAAAAUAACUCAUCUUUUCUUUCUGUUGCUGUCUCCUCAGCACAGUAUAUGUCACUUGAAUAGUGACAGCGAUCUGCUCUUGGAAGGAUUAGUAGCACAAGUUAUUCCCCAUAUUUGAUACUCCCAAAGAGUGUUGCUUCAUAGCCAAAAGUGAAAUGGAGACUUUUUCUGAAUGGCUAAUGAUAAGUAACCCUUUUGCUUUCAGUGAAAUUAAUUCUCAGAUUGUAUGGAGGAGAAACAAGCAAGUGAGGCCUCUUUUCUUUAAAAUAAUUAAUCUAUUCAGACAUCGCACAGCCCAGCAAUAUCAUAUAUGGGGUAAACUCUCAACUAAUAAUCAGCUUUCCAGUCUCCAAAAUUUUAGCAUCACAUUAACCUGUAGUCUGUGUACUAUUUUUACCACAGACAGAAUCUGAAUUUCAUUUAAUUAAGGCCUGUUUAGCACAAAAUGCCUACCACUAAUUUUUGCAUCAGCAUGCAGCUUCCCUAUGUGUAGUGUAGUGAUCUUAACAGGUCAUGGCUCACCAUGUGAGAAUCAGUUGGAACCAACUGAGAAGAAUGUUUUGUACCACAUGAAAACAGAUAGCAUGAUGAGCCCUACAUGAAAACAGCUGAGCUUAGAUGACAUUUAUUAUUUUUUAAAAUGUUAUCCACCUAUCCUUUAUGGAGAUCUCACCACCACCAUAUCAACAAGAAGCCCUGUGAGUAGGUAUGGCUGAGAAACAGUGACUGGCUCAAUGCCAUCCAGUGAGCCUCAUGGCUUAGCAAAAAUAUGAACCCAUAUCAUGCCCAUCUUAGUCCAACAUUCUGCAAAUCAGUUCAUCAUGCUGGUUUCACAGUUCAAAACUACAAUUCAAGCAGCUUAAUAAAAUUAAAAACUGGAAAACUAAAAACCUUACUAUACUCAGAGUAGUCUUUCACCAUUCAAAACAUUCAUGUUCCUCCCAACAGCUCAGUUCUGAGUCCCAUCUCCACAAAUUUUAUGAUAACAGAGUCUUUGUUCUGGUCAUAGAGACAUGGCCAUCAAUAAAAAGCACAAGAAAUUUUAAUUCUGUCAUUUUAGCGACCAAAAUAUUCAAAAAAUUGACUGGGCUAAUGCUGAGGGGAGGAAAGCCUAUACUUGGUUGUAAAUGUAGCCAUAUUUUAAUUUUGUGCCUCAACUGCCUACAGUUUUCAGAUAAAGGCUCACCCCAUACUACUGCCCUGCUUUCUUACCAGAUAUUCUGAAAUCACGGACUACUGAUACAUUAACUGUACAGCCCCCCACCCCAUUCUUCUCAGUGUACAAUCAGCAUCUCUGCUGCAUACAUGGACGUAAUAGCGAAGUCUACGUUCCACCAUGAUUCUAGUUCACUUUCAGCCAAGUGCAGCCACAACAUGGACUUAUCUCCCACUGCCUCUUCCUCAAUCUCCAAUACAGAGCUUACAUACAAUUCAGAGCUUACGUAACAAUUGGGUUACUUACCAUAACCCAAGAAGAAAGCAGCUCUAGACUGAUCAAGUACCCUGCCUCCUGCUUUUAGGAGAGCCCCUUUCAUGGAGCUUGGCAGCUUAUUUUCUGUAACUUCCAUUAUUGCUGUAUGUCAACAUUUCUGUUGUCCACAGAAAUCCAUAUAUUUUACCGCUUUUACAUCACUCUUAAGAAUACUAAGUGCCAUCUAUCCUCAACUGAGUUUUCAUCUCAAAUGUUCACUUUGGCAACUCCAGUUCAAAUUCCUACCAGAAUUUCAUAUCUAUCUUGUUCUGUCAGGCUGUGCCCGAUGGAGAGUUAGCAUGCCACAGUGAUGCAAAGCCGUUCAGAUGGCAAACAAGCAGCCAGUUGUGUUUGUGUUGAAUCUUUUCACAAAACCAAGUCCACAAAACUCGUUUUGUUAGUGGAUUUGACCUUGUCAUGUGAUUCCAUCCUUAAUAUGUAUGUCUAUAGUGUCAUGAUCAAGUGUAUGUAGCAAUUUCUGACGUGUUUCUGUAAUGUACUAUUAACAAUGUAUAAAUCUUCAUGUAGAGGCCCCUAAAACAAAGUUUCGGGGGUGGGGAGGGGGCAUAAUAUUUCUAAUAGUGUGUGCUGGUCUUAGAAUAUCCAUAUGUAUACCAGGCAGGUACUUAGAAUAUGCAACACUCAUAUAGUCUCCAUGCAUUUCAGUUAGCACAUGCAGAAAGAGUAUCUGAAGUUAUGCCACCAACAGAUUGUCACCAUACAUUUAGAAGCCUCAGGCAGAAAUUCUAACCCUGACCUUGGAGUUCUUGCAUAUAUUUGACUUGUACCUCUAGAAGUCUCUGAAACUAUUGGAAUGUCAAAGUACUUUGAGAACUGGCCUGUAUGCUGUACUCCUACAAUAAAUCAGCACUGGGUCUAGAAAACAAGAAAACAAAUUUCCUUUGAUUUUUGUGAAAUAACACCUGUAAGCUGUAGUCUGUUGAAACAUGAGCAUUUAACCCCAUAAUAAAAUAUUUCAUAUAUGACAUUUGAUCACUCAUUUUCCCGAGGAAGACAGUGACAAAUAUGCAAUUUACAAACCUACCUGCAGAUCCACAUUUUACUUGUCUUUCUGAAAUCAACAUGCUGUUCUUUCUACAAUGAACAAGUGUAAUCAGGAUUUAUAUUUUUUUUUAAAUAGCAAUUUGCAGUUUCUUUGAAGUUGGGUGGUAAUAUUUUAAAUGCACUAUAAUAUUUUUAUGAUAGGAGAUACAGUGAUCAGUAGUUAGUAUUAAAGAAUGAAUGUGUUCAGUUUGUUAGCUUGGCUAUGCAUGUAGUUGUUCUAUGCUUAUCUCCUAAAAAGCAAAUUACAAAGUAUGGUAGUUGUGUGUAAGUACUUUUUUAUUUCGCGUGUUUGUGAAGCAAAUAUUGGAGUUAAUCAGUAAACUAAUUACAUUUCAUAAAUACGGGGAAAUAUAUCCAUUGGUUUAUUGUGAAUCCAUACUUCAGUAGGUUUCUUUUCCUAAAAAUUGAUUUUGCUCUUCAAUAUCAGUUUGAUUAUAUUGAAUUUAACACAACAAUUUAUUAAUGCAUUUUUCCUUGAAUUGUUGCUACUGAAGAAUAUACAAAAAUGCAUUUCUUUCUAGUUAAAUUAUUUGUUAUACAAUGAUAUAAAGUAUUUAUCUUUUUGAAGCUGCUUAUUAAAAAGGUUUCUGACUUUUUCCCAGA